AUGGUGUUGGCCAUGGCAUCUCAGGAUACUCAGAGCCUGUUCCAGCCUCUCUCUUCUUGGAUAUCUCGGGUGUAUGAAGCUCUCCAGCAAGCAGGAGGUGUGUUAUCUGCCUCAUUGGUUAACUUAAGCAAACAAGACUCUAAAUUGAAUGACAAGGUAGACCAGGACUUAGAUGAUAUUCAGAUUCAGGAAACGUACUUUGAAGUUGAAGAACAAAUCAAUGAUGGGAGUCAAGAGGACACAAAUUCCUUGUUUCUUGAAGUGGAUCAUUUUUCUUGUUGCAAUAGUGGUUUCCAGGGCUCUGCCCAAAACUCAAGUCCUAGACUUAGCCAACAUGCAAAGGACUCAUAUUCCAUAAUAUCCCAGUGGCCCAAUCAGACUUGUGAUGACCAAAAGCCACCACAUGUGCUUUCUUCUAUUGCUGAGGAAGAACAUCACCUUGAACAGCAAAGGAGUGGCCUUCAACAUGACUUUGAGAGCCAGCUCUCUGGUAUUUUAGAAAAUGUUUAUGGAAAAAAGCAAGUGAAUAGCUUUGGAGAUGAUGACGAGCUGUGCACAUCUUCUGACACUGACGAGGAGGUGAUCAAGCAAUUUGAGAUUUCUGUGUCCCGGUCCCAGAGUUUCCGGGCAAGAGUGUCUGAGAAAAGCAAGCAGACAAGAUUGGAGCAGAAACCAAAAGUCUGCCAUCUGCACUCUACCAAGGAAGAGGACAGAACCCAGGUGUCUGCCUGUGAAGAUUUGGAUGGAGCAAGGCAACUACCUUAUUCUGAGAAUUUGUCUUAUGGUGGAGAGGAGCCCACCUCUGCCCAAGCACAGUCCCUAUGUGAGGUGGGGGAUGCCAGGCACCAUGGUGCAUCUCCCCAAGAGACCAGCGUGGUCCACAGGCUCAGUCGCCAGUCCACCGAGGGCAGCUUGGAGAUGGAAGCCGCUUUUAAUAACCGGGGACUUGAAGACUCCUAUGCCACUGACAGCUCCUCCGUGUGGAGUCCAGAGGAGCAGGAUGGGGCUGAUUUUCAGCUGCCAUCAGGAGUCCCAGAACCCAUCUCAAAGUGUGGUGAUCUGGAUGUCAUCUUUGAAUAUAGAGCUGUCAGCCAGAAACUCACAGUGACCAUUGUGAGAGCACAGGGCCUCCCGGAUAAGGACCGAAGUGGCGUCAACUCCUGGCAAGUUCAUGUAGUCCUGCUGCCCAGUAAGAAACAGAGGAGCAGGACGGGCAUUCAAAGAGGGCCCAACCCUGUCUUCAAGGAGAAGGUCACCUUCGCCAAGCUGGAGCCCAGAGAUGUGGCUGGCUGUGCCGUCCGCUUCCGCCUGUACGCUGCCCGCAAGAUGACCCGUGAGAGAAUGAUGGGAGAGAAACUCUUCUAUCUCAGCCACCUGCACCCAGAAGAGGAAAUGAAAGUGACUCUGGUUUUGGAGCCAAGAAGUAACAUCAGUAGUGGAGAGUCUCCGCUUAGCCCAUCUGCCGUUUCUCACAGUGAUAGUGCUUCAUCCACGCAGUCGCUGUCUCAUGGAGGGGCACCAGAGCUGUUGGUGGGGCUGUCCUACAACGCCACAACGGGGCGAUUAUCUGUGGAAAUGAUCAAAGGCAGCCAUUUCCGAAACCUCGCUGUGAACAGAGCGCCUGAUACAUUUGGAAAGCUCUUUCUCCUCAAUUCGGUGGGUCAAGAGAUGUCCCGCUGCAAGACAUCCAUUCGACGUGGCCAGCCCAAUCCUGUCUAUAAGGAGACCUUUGUUUUCCAGGUGGCCCUCUUUCAGCUCUCUGAUGUCACCUUGAUGAUCUCCGUUUAUAACAGGCGCACUAUGAAGCGUAAAGAGAUGAUUGGCUGGAUUGCUCUGGGCCAAAACAGUAGUGGAGAGGAGGAGCAAGACCAUUGGGAGGAAAUGAAGGAGACCAAAGGCCAGCAGGUCUGCAGGUGGCACACCCUGCUCGAAUCCUAG